AGCUGGUGCUUCUUCGCCUGGUCAUAUGAUGAUCAAGAAUAGAUUCUAGUCUAGCUACUAGCUAGGCCUAUUAAGUGAUUACUAUUCGGUGAAUCAAUACUCGACUUUUAACUAACCGAUCAUGGUUUUAUCAUCUACGAAUGUCAUUACUAUGUCUCGUCAAGGAUGUUGGUAAUUUCAUGGAUCAAUGUGAGGAAAAAGUCAACUCGAAAAAUAAAUCAACCAUGACUGAAACUAAACAAAAAAAAUCAAAGAAGAAGAAAAAGAGUAAAAAGCAUUCUGGGAAAUCGGAAAGACUUGACUUUUUCAAAACUGCUAGUGAUGAAGAUCAAGGCAAACUUGAGGUUAAAGGUCUUGGAGCAGUUGAACCAACAGACAUCAAUGAUCAGCUGGGACUAUCGGGAAAAAUAAAACUACCCAUGAUCCCUGGCACAUUGACCAGACCAAAUGACCCAUCAGAAACGCAGUCGUCUUCCACUCUUGUAUCUAAAGCCAAAGAAACCUCACCUACGCACCUCGGCCAAAAUGACGCCAGAACACUUUCCAACAAAAUGAGCCAAAUCAGCAUCAAACAAAAAACUAAACCCACUGCUCGCAGUAAAGCCAACGGAAGUAGACAGAUAAACGACGCUAAAGACCUGCCAAAAUCAUUGGAUGCGAUACUCGAAAAAAAUCGUAGUAUCGCUUUAGCUCAUAUCAAUAUCAAUAACAAAUCGAACGAAAGUCUUCGGUGGGAAAAUAUUUUAGAGGAUUCAGAGGAGGAAAGAGAAAGGAUGAGGCUUUAUAAAUUAAACAGACGGAAACGCUACCUAGCUGCCGCUGUUGCAAAAGGUCUAGGCUGGGCCGUGAAUGACCCACUUAGCUCUUCCUUUCAACCGCCAUCAGAAGAUUUUGGAUUUGAAAAUAGAAAGCAGAUGCAAAACCCCUACACAGAUUUUAGCCCUAUGAAAACAUUACGAUCGUCACAAGUCCAUGGGCUAGUAGCGACCUCUAUGGUGGAAUGCUGAUCCAGCCAACGGAAUAUAA